AUGGAAACCGAAACCACUCCAAAACUAGGGCAAAGCGUGGUAACAAGAGAUCAAAGUGAUCUGGAGAAGAAACAGCAGUUGUCUGACUCAGAAUGUGAGCUCGAUCAAAACAAGCAAAGAAAAAUGGAAAAAGAUCAAACCGACGAUGAGAUAAAUAUUCCUACUCCCUUAUUUCUUGUGCUAAGUCAUAAGGAAGGUGGAAAAACCUUUACUAAGGUGAGCCCGUUCCUUAUCCACAAAUCUUUAGUAGCCUGUGGAGGGCAACCUAAAUCUAUAAGGAAGCUGAGGAAUGGAACUAUCCUGGUGGAGGCUGCAAAUUGCAUCCAAUUCAAGAAGUUACUUAAAAUGACGAGUUUUUUCGACCAGGUAGCGAUUACUGUCCAGCCUCAUGCCUCUCUGAACUCUUCCAAGGGAAUCGUUUUCUGUCGAGACCUUAUGGACUGCAGUGAAGAGGAAAUAAAGGUUGAGCUGCAGUGCGAAAUGGUGACUGAUGUGGUCAGGAUUGUUCGGACCGAAAACGGGGUAAAGGUUCCUACCCCGGGUCUUAUUAUAACAUUUGCAAAACCCCAUCCACCAGAAACCAUCAAAGCCGGAUAUUUGUCUCUAUCUGUGCGGCCGUACUUUAAAAACCCCCAGCGGUGUUUCCGCUGUCAGAGGUUCGGGCACUCCAGUAAAGUGUGUUCGAACCCGGAGACAUGUUCCCGCUGUGGUGAUGAAGGACACCAAGAGGAGGGGUGCAAAAAUGAGACGCGAUGCAUCAAUUGCAAGGGAAAACAUCCGGCAUACUCAAGAGAGUGUAAUAUCUUUAAAGAAGAAAAAUAA